CGCCGGGCCCGGCGGUGCCGCGGGCAGUCCCGGGGCAGCCGGUCUGUGUGGGGGGCUGCGGGAGCGGGACGGGAGAGCGGCCGGUGACAGCGGAGCCCUGAGGAUGCGGGGCCGGAUCCCGGGGGUCUGCGGAGUCCUGAGGAUGAGGGGCUGGAUCCCGGCCCUGCUCGGCCUGGCCCUGGCAUCGCUGCUGCCCGCGGCCGGAGCCCGCCGGAGCCAGGACCUGCACUGCGGAGCCUGCAGGGCUCUGGUGGACGAGCUGGAGUGGGAGAUCUCGCAGGUGGAUCCCAGAAAAACCAUCCAGAUGGGCUCGUUCCGCAUCAACCCCGACGGCAGCCAGUCGGUGGUGGAGGUGCCGUACGCGCGGUCGGAGGCGCACCUGACGGAGCUGCUGGAGCGGGUGUGCGAGAAGAUGAAGGAGUACGGCGAGAAGCUGGACCCGGCCACGCACCGCAAGAGCUACGUCCGGGUCAUCUCCCACGACGGCACCAAGAUGGACCUUUCGGGCGUCAAAUUCGACGGGGAUGUGACCUCCAGCCUGAAAUUCGCGUGCGAGAGCAUCGCCGAGGAAUACGAGGACGAGCUCAUCGAGUUCCUCUCGCACGAGGCUGAGAACGUCAAGGACCGGCUCUGCAGCAAGAGGACGGACCUGUGUGACCACGCGCUCCACAUCCCACACGACGAGCUGUGACUGCCGCGGGAGCAGGGACAGACGGAAUCUUCCAGCACCUCCACGGCUCCGCCGCCGCUGCCCGGCCCCGUGCAGAGCUCCGGUCCCAUUUGUUCCCCGUCCGGGGACACCGGGACGGCCGCGGGGCCGGGGCCGCGUCCUCGCUCC